AUGUAUCAUCGGUUAGAAAGACUACCCAAAACUAUCGUAAUUCCAUUCGUUCUUACAUCGGUUAUUAUAUUAAUAAGCUAUCAAUCUAUUCGACAUAUAAAAUGUCCCUUAUGUCCAACAUCAACACGGCCAAUUAAAUCAAUAAUUGCCUCGAAUAAUAUAUCCGAUAUAGAAGAUGAAAAAACUGCUGUCGAUGAUACUUCUUUAUUAUGUUUAGACUUGGCGCAACGUAUUGAUAGUGAACGAUAUUAUCCUCAAUCACCGGUUAUUUUUCCACCUGCACUUAAUGAUACAAAAACUUUUCGUUUUCCUUACUAUCAUUAUUCACAUUGGAAAUCAUCAUCUAUUAUUCCUCGUGUAAUAACUCAAUGUGAACAUUCAUUAAUGAUGCAUUUAUUAAUGAUAAUUGAUCGAAUAUGUCGUGAACAUAAAAUUACUUAUUUUAUAAGUGAUGGAACAUUAUUAGGUUCUUUAAGACAUCAUGAUAUUAUACCUUGGGAUGAUGAUCUUGAUAUAAUGGUACCCGAUGAUAAACGAAAAAUUUUAAAUAAUGAAUUUAAAAAAAUAGAUAAAACAUUAAUUGGAUUCGCUUUACAUCAUGGUGAAUUACCGGAAUAUGAAUAUGAUAAAUUAUAUUAUAAUAUUACUCAAAUUGCUGGAAAAGAUAAAUGGCAUUUUCCAUUUGUUGAUAUUUUCUUUUAUGAACAAAAUCAAACUCAUUUAUGGACUCUACUCAAUCCAGAUAAACCAUUUCAAACAAAAUAUAUUUUUCCAUUAAUUUUAAGACCACUUGGAUACUUAUGGGUGCCAGCACUAAGAAAACCGAAACGUUUAAUUAAGUUUGAUCCUUUCGUUGAAUGUAAAACUAAUUUUUGGAAUCAUAGAACUGAAAGUUAUCAAAAACCAGUAACAGUUCAAUGCAAUCGUUUAAAAGAUAUUUAUCCAUUUGUUGAACCAAAUAAGAAAAAAGAAUGGGUUGAAAUUUUAAAAAUUAAUAAUACUAUUAUUCAUACAGUUGUUUUUACGUUAUAA